CCAUUGCUCACAUUGUGCUGCUUGCGAAUCGGGCUUAAGGUGACGCAUUCUUUCAACUUCAUGUCUUCCUUCAUUGUAUGGGUAGAAUUUAUCAAUUUGGGUUGACACGGAUCUUUCAAUUUGAACUCUGUUUUGAUAUAUGACUUGUGCUUCUUGUGAGAAUGGCGGACAAUGAUGCUCGAGCUGAAAAUAGUCUCCUUCACCAAAGCAAUGCAUCUUCGGAGAAUGAAAUAGAUAUGUCAAUUGAUGCUUUGGCAAGUACGGUUCAAGAAUCCUUCUCAGUUUCAAAGAGGCAUAAGUUCUGGGAGACCCAACCGAUUCUCCAGUUCAAGGAUCUUGGAGAUACGAGCCUUCCUGAAGGUCCGAUUCAACACCCAACACCACUAACUGAUGUCAAGCAAGAGCCAUAUAUUCUCCCAUCCGCCUAUGAAUUGGUUACAUGUGAUCUGGAUUCUGAGGAGGUGUGUAGUGAGGUUUAUACUUUAUUGACUAAUCACUAUGUUGAGGAUGAUAGUCGUAUGUUUCGAUUGAAUUACUCAAAAGAGUUUCUUAGAUGGGCACUUUGUCCACCUGGUUAUUUCCGGAGCUGGCACAUCGGGUUAAGGGUUAAGAAUUCAAAGAAAUUGGUUGCGUUCAUUAGCGGGAUCCCUGCUAAAAUUCGUAUCCGUGAUGCUGUAGUGCUGCUUGCAGAGGUCAAUUUUCUGUGUGUUCACAAGAAGCUCCGAUCAAGAAGGCUUACUCCAGUCAUGAUUAAGGAGCUUAGUCGCAGGGUGCGUUUGGAGAAUAUAUGGCAGGCGGCUUAUACUACUGGUGCUGUCUUGCCUACGCCGAUAACAUCUUGUGAGUACUGGGGCAGGCUGUUGAAUCCAAAGAAGCUAAUCGACGUUGGGUUUUCUAGAAUUGAUGCAUGGGAUACCAUGGCCCGAUACAUCAACUUUUACAAGUUACCAGAGCAAACCACGACCCCUGGCCUCAGAAAGAUGGAACCCCACGAUGUUCCUGCAGUUGCUCGUUUGCUUAAGAAUUACUUGAAGCAGUUUGUUUUAGCUCCAGAUUUUGAUGAGAAUGAAGUCGAGCACUGGCUGCUUCCCAAGGAAGAUGUCAUGGAUACUUAUGUGGUCGAAAGCCCUGAAAAUCACGAAAUAACUGAUUUCUGCAGUUUUUACACUUUUACCUGGUCUAUAUUUGGUAGUCAGGACUAUUCAGUUCUGAAGAUGGCGUAUUCGUAUUACAACGUAUCCACCAAGACGCCCUUAGUUCAACUGAUGAGUGAUGCCCUCGUUGUUGCCAAGAAGAAGGAUUUGGACGUUUUCAAUGCGUUGGACGCUAUGCUCAACGAGACUUUCUUCAGUGAGCUCAGGUUUCUCCCUGUAGAUGGGAAGCUUAAUUACUAUCUCUACAACUAUCGGCUGAAGCAUGUACUAAGACCAUCGGAGAUGGGCCUCCUGCCCUUAUAGAUUCGUCUAAGUGAGUUUUUUCUCUGUUUUUGGAAUAUUAUAUUUACUCUGCUAUCUUUGAUAAUUUUUCAACCAAAUAUUUUGAUGGAUUUUGUAACUCAACAUUUAUUCGCUGCUUGUUUUCAACCAAAUUGUGUUUAUUAUGCCCA